AUGACAUCAUCUCGUUUCUCUCCAGAUGAUCCUGAAGAUGUGGACGACGACGAUGAUGGUGUCGUCUGGCCAGGAUAUUCUCAAUCAUUCGAUCUAAGGAAUCCACGUUCACCAUUCGUAAUCUCACACAACGUUGUACGAUGGUCCAUCAAUGGUGAUGGUUUUGAUGUGUUGACGUUGGCGUCUUCUGAUCCUCCAGAAUUUCCAGAAUUUCCACCAGAAGAUGAGGAAGACGAUGCCGGAGGAGGAGGUGGUGUCGUGACAGAAUCAGACGAUGAGAUCAUUGGAGCAGUAGUCGGCUGGUGA